AUAGGCGUGGUGACAUAAAAAAAGAAUAAUUUAAAGCGCUCUCCACCGACUGCGCACUUUGAACGCAGUUUUGCAAAACUCGCAGUGGCGCGUGACCUAAUCCGAAAUGCUCCGUGCGGUGAUUUCUCGAGCCCUUCCACGGGUGAAGGCUGUGUCGGCGUGUCACUACUCUGCAGCGGCUAUUCCAGUACCAAACACCCAACCCGAAGUCCACUUUAAUAAGCUGUUCAUCAACAACGAGUGGCAGGAUGCAUCAAGUGGGAAAACCUUCCCAACUGUAAACCCCGCAACUGGAGAAGUCAUCUGUCAUGUGGCUGAAGCAAACGAGGUGGAUGUUGACAAGGCAGUGAAAGCAGCACGCGAUGCCUUCCGAUUGGGAUCGCCAUGGAGACGGAUGGAUGCCUCCCAUCGGGGACUGCUUCUCAGCCGGCUGGCUGAUGCAAUUGAGAGGGAUUCCGCCUACCUUGCGGAACUGGAGACCCUUGACAAUGGGAAGCCAUAUGCUGUCUCCUACAUGGUGGAUCUGCCCAAUGUGGUCAAAUGUCUCAGGUACUACGCAGGCUGGGCAGACAAAUGGGAAGGAAAGACCAUUCCCAUUGAUGGAGAUUAUUUCUGCUACACCAGACAUGAGCCAAUUGGAGUCUGUGGACAAAUCAUACCGUGGAACUUCCCUCUCCUUAUGCAGGCAUGGAAACUUGGCCCCGCUCUCGCAACCGGUAACACUGUGGUGAUGAAAGUCGCUGAGCAGACGCCGCUUACCGCUCUCUACGUAGCCAACCUGAUAAAAGAGGUGGGUUUUCCAGAAGGUGUGGUUAAUAUCUUGCCUGGUAUGGGUCCCACAGCUGGUGCUGCCAUUGCAAGACAUAUGGAUGUUGAUAAAGUGGCCUUUACAGGAUCAACAGAGGUUGGUCAUCUAAUCCAGCAGGCUUCAGGCAACAGUAACCUGAAGAAGGUCACUCUGGAACUAGGAGGAAAAAGUCCCAAUAUCAUCAUGUCUGAUGCAAAAAUGGAGGAUGCUGUGGAGCAGGCGCACUUUGCCUUAUUUUUCAACCAAGGCCAAUGUUGUUGUGCUGGCUCCCGGACAUAUGUCCAAGAAGACAUCUAUGACGAGUUUGUGGAACGCAGUGCGGCGAGAGCCAACAGACGAGUGGUGGGCAACCCCUUUGAUUUAAAGACUGAGCAGGGUCCCCAGGUGGAUGAGGAGCAGUUCAAAAAGAUUUUGGGUUACAUCAGCAGUGGAAAAAGAGAAGGCGCUAAACUGAUGUGUGGAGGUGCCGCAGCUGCCGACAAGGGAUACUUCAUCCAACCUACUGUGUUCGGAGAUGUGAACGACAACAUGACUAUUGCCAGAGAGGAGAUCUUUGGUCCAGUAAUGCAGAUCUUAAAGUUCAAGACACUGGAGGAGGUGGUGGAGAGAGCCAACGAUUCUAAAUAUGGUCUCGCUGCUGCCGUAUUCACCAGGGACAUCGAUAAGGCUCACUAUAUCUCCAAUGCCCUGCGUGCUGGCACAGUCUGGAUUAAUUGUUAUGACGUGUUUGGGGCCCAGGCUCCAUUUGGAGGUUACAAAGCUUCAGGAAACGGCAGAGAGUUGGGAGAAUACGGCCUGGACAACUACACGGAAGUCAAAACGGUGACCAUGAAAGUACCACAGAAGAAUUCAUAAACAUUAACCAGCCGAGGGACAUUGUAAUUUCUGUAAUCGUUUUAAGGUUUUUCAUAUUGGAUAUGUUUGACAAUUCCAAUAAUCUACAGUUCUACAGUUGAUACCUUUUGAUAUUUUGUGUUUCCAGGUGACCAUGAAAGUACCACAGAAGAAUUCAUAAACAUUAACCAGCCGAGGGACAUUGUAAUUUCUGUAAUCAUUUUAAGGUUUUUCAUAUUGGAUAUGUUUGACAAUUCCAAUAAUCUACAGUUCUACAGUUUAUACCUUUUGAUAUUUCACACUUGGGAUUUGACCGUUUCAGUCAAAUAAAUGGUUUAUGACUUCAUAACAUUUUGAUUAAUAAAAUGAUUUUAGGACCUACCGUUUGUCACUAAGGAUCUAUUCCUGAAUAUGCAUUUUUUACGCUUCAGCUGUAGUAACACCACACAAUUCAAGCGAGUCAUGGCAGCAUAAAGACUUGCAUAGAAUUUGUCUGAGAGCUCAAUCAAAUAUGGUUACAAAUCUGAUGUUGAAAUUGGAAAUAUCAAAAAGCACCAAUUGCCAACGUCUGUCAGAGUCUGCUCAAACGACACAAUGCGCAUGAUAAACACCUGCAAUAAAUUAGAGCAAAAGUGUGCAAUUAUAUCUGGUCUUAAAAAAUGUCAAUUAUUUAAUAAAAUUAUCGCAGAUG